GGUGAGGGGAACGAGAUGACGGCAUCAGGUUGCGCCGAGGCGACCCCAGGUCCCAAAUUUGACCGGCUGGACUAAGGAAGGCUUGAGGGCCAGUCCGGGAGCAGGUGGGGUAGGCGCUGGAGGCCCAGAGCAGAAAGUUGAAGGGGAAUGGGGAGAGGAUGGUAGCUGCUUCUGCAUCUCUGCAGCUAGCUCUUGCAGCGUCCCGGGUCCAGGCUUUAAUGGGGCACUGGCAGCUGGUACGCUGAUUAGCGCCUUCGUCCUAUCCUGGUGGGGCUGCCCGCAGAGCCUCCUCCUGGCGCCCGGAACUGCCCCUGGGAGUGGAGGGGACACGUUGGCUGUGAAGGACUGGACUAGCGGGGCCAGCGAGGGAGCUUUUCUUUCCUCCCCGCAGUCCUGGGCUGGUCCUGGCCCUGGCCUGGACGGGUGGAGCGGAGCGGCCCCAGAACCCUCCUACUGGUUUGUAAAAGUUGGGGAAACUUCAGAACUGCACGGUGGUGAGGAAGCAGCCAGAGAGUCGGAGCCGGGCUGCGGAUCUAGACGAGCCCACGCGGCAGGCGCACUUGAGGUCUGAAGUCCUCUGGUGAGCUGUGGAAGGUCCUAACUAUGGGACUGGAAGCCCCAGUUCCACCUAAGGCAGAGGAGACACCUGUGAGAGUGGCUCUUCGUGUCAGGCCCCUUUUGCCCAAAGAACUACUACAUGGACAUCAGAGCUGCCUGCAGGUGGAACCAGAGGAAUGUCGGGUCAUCCUGGGCCGAAACCGGUCCUUCGAUUUCGAUGUGGUGUUUGCAGAGAUGUCGACUCAGGAAGUGGUGUACCAGACCUGUGUGCAGCCCCUUCUAGAGGCUUUCUUCGAGGGUUUCAAUGUGACUGUAUUUGCCUAUGGUCAGACUGGUUCAGGGAAGACUUACACCAUAGGGGAAGCUAGUGUUGCUUCCCUCCAUGAGGAUGAACAGGGCAUCAUACCUCGGGCCAUGGCAGAAGCCUUCAAGCUCAUUGACGAGAAUGACCUACUGGACUACACUGUGCGUGUGUCCUACCUGGAGGUGUACAAGGAGGAGUUCCGAGACCUGCUGGAGGUGGGAACAGCCAGCAGAGACAUCCAGCUACGAGAGGAUGACAAAGGAAAUGUUGUACUGUGUGGUGUCAAGGAGGUAGAAGUGGAGGGUCUGGAUGAGGUGCUGAGCCUGUUGGAGGUGGGCAAUGCAGCUCGGCAUACGGGGGCCACUCACAUCAACCGGCUGUCCAGCCGUUCCCACACCAUCUUCACGGUGACCAUGGAGCAGCGCCGAGGUGCUGGCCGCCUGCCUCGCCUUCCCUCCAUGGGUCCCAUCUCUGGCCAACUUCUCUCCUCCAAAUUCCACUUUGUGGACCUAGCAGGUUCUGAGAGGGUACUGAAAACAGGCAACACUGGCGAGAGGCUAAAGGAGAGUAUUCAGAUCAAUAGCAGCCUGCUGGCACUGGGCAAUGUCAUCAGUGCCCUGGGUGACCCUCACCGCAAGGGCAGCCAUAUCCCUUAUCGGGACUCCAAAAUCACCAGGAUCUUGAAAGACUCUUUGGGCGGAAAUGCCAAGACAGUGAUGAUUGCCUGUAUCAGCCCUUCUUCUUCAGAUUUCGAUGAGACCCUCAAUACCCUGAACUAUGCCAGCCGGGCCCAGAACAUCCGCAAUUGUGCCAGGGUCAACUGUCGACGGGAACCAGAACAUGUAGAAGAGCUGCAGCUGCAGAUCCGAAGUCUCCAGCGGGCCCUAGAGCAGCGGCACCGCUCAGAAACUCGCAUCAUCCACAGGCCUGAACCUGUACACCGCCAGCAUCGUGCUCCAGAACUGUCUGCUCGCCUUGUGGCAGAGUGUGCCCGCUACCGGGCUUGCACCGAUGCAGCCUACCACCUCUUGCUGGAGCUGCGAGGAGAAGCAGGGUUGCCUGAAGAGAUGACCCAGAGAGUUCGGGAAUGGCUUUGUACUGUGGAGGGUGAACGCAGUGCCCUAAGCUCUGCCUCAGGACCUGACAGUGGCAUUGAGAGUGCCUCAGCCAAUGACCAGUGCCCCCGGGUACUUGGGGCAAAACCAUCCAAGGCUCAGGGACACGAAGGAGGUGGGGAACAACAGCUGCUGAGCCUGCAGAGCCAAGUAGCCCGCCUGGAGGAGGAGAACAAAGAUUUUCUGGCUGCCUUGGAAGAUGCCAUGGAACAAUACAAGCUGCAGAGUGACCGGCUCCAAGAACAGCAAGAUGAGAUUGUGCAGCUUCAGCUGCGGCUAGAAAUGACCAGACCUGGCUGGGGACCCACAGAAUUAUUGCAGGGCCUUUCUUUGGGGGACCACACCCUUCGGCCCCAUACAGCCCCUCUGGAGGCAGCUCGAUCUCAUGCUCUUGGCAUAUCUCCAACCCCCUUAUGUCUUGAAAAUGGGAGAGCCCAAAAGGGAGAGCUGAUUAACAGAAAAGAAGACAGGGAUAAAGGAGUGGAAGCAGCAAGGCCUGGAGGUCAUUCCUCUUCACCCUCAGAGGAAGAAGAAGAAGAAGAACCCAAAAGGUCUUUGCAUCUUCGAAGAAAUGGCAUUGGAAGUUGGAGCAAGAAGGAAGCUGCUGUCCAGUGGCAUGGAGAACCUCAUGGAGAGAAUAAAGGCUUGGAACUUCACCUAGAGGAGCUAGACACUGCUGCCCACAUGGCCAGAGCAGCUGGCAGGAGAAAGGAACCAGCGGAUUGUGGACAAGGCCCCUCUGUCAAGGCCUCAGAGUGGCGUCUGGCACAGGCCCAGCAGAAGAUCCGGGAGCUGGCCAUUAACAUUCGUAUGAAGGAAGAACUGAUCGGAGAGCUAAUCCGAACAGGGAAGGCAGCCCAGGCCAUGAAUCGGCAGCAUUGCCAGAGAAUUGGGGAGCUGGAAAGAGAAGCUGACCAGGUGCGAGCAGAGCUGAAUGAGGGCCAAAGGCAGCUUCGGGAGCUGGAGGGAAAGGAACCCCAGGACCCUGGGGAGAGAUCCCGGCUGCAGGAAUUCCGCAAGAGGGUUGCUGCUGCCCAAAGCCAAGUACAGGUCCUGAAGGAGAAAAAGCAGGCCACGGAGCGUCUAGUGUCACUGUCAGCACAGAGUGAGAAGCGAGUACGGGAACUGGAGAGGAACGUGCAACUCAUGCGUCAGCAACAAGGGCAGCUGCAGAGGCGGCUUCGGGAGGAGACGGAGCAGAAGAGGCGUCUGGAGACAGAGAUGCAGAAGAGGCAGCACCGGGUCAAGGAGCUGGAGCUCAAGCAUGAACAACAGCAGAAGAUCUUGAAGAUCAAGACAGAAGAGAUUGCAGCCUUCCAGAGGAAGAGGAGGAGUGGCAGCAAUGGCUCCGUGGUCAGUCUGGAGCAGCAGCAGAAGAUUGAGGAACAAAAGAAAUGGCUGGACCUGGAAAUGGAGAAGGUCCUGCAGCAGCGGAGGGCUCUGGAAGAGCUGGGGGAAGAACUGUGCAAACGGGAGACUAUUCUGGCUAAGAAGGAAGCUCUGAUGCUGGAGAAAACUGGGCUGGAGAGCAAGAGACUUCGCUCGAGUCAGGCACUCAAUGAGGACAUUGUGCGAGUAUCAAGUCGAUUAGAACAUUUGGAAAAGGAACUGUCUGAGAAAAGUGGGCAGCUCCGGCAGGGCAGUGCCCACAGCCAGCAACAGAUACGUGUAGAGAUUGAUAACCUGCGACAAGAAAAGGACCUGCUGCUCAAACAGCGACUAGAGAUUGAUAGUAAACUGAGGCAGGGCAACCUGCUAUCCCCAGAGGAAGAAAGAACUCUAUUCCAGCUGGAUGAGGCUAUUGAAGCUCUAGAUGCAGCCAUUGAAUAUAAGAAUGAAGCUAUUACAUGUCGUCAGCGGGUGCUACGAGCCUCAGCCACCAUGUUGUCUCAAUGUGAGAUGAACCUCAUGGCCAAACUCAGCUACCUUUCUUCCUCAGAGACCCGGGCUUUGCUAUGCAAGUAUUUUGACAAGGUGGUAACACUUCGGGAAGAACAGCACCAGCAGCAAAUCGCCUUCUCAGAACUUGAAAUGCAAUUAGAGGAACAGCAGAGAUUGGUGUACUGGCUGGAGGUAGCGGUGGAACGACAGCGACUAGAGAUGGACCGCCAGCUGACCCUGCAGCAGAAAGAGCAUGAGCAGAACAUCCAACUCUUGCUCCAGCAGAGCCGAGAGCAGCUGGGUGAAGGACUUGCAGGCAGCAAGAGGCAGUAUGAAAACAGGAUCCAAGCUCUGGAGAAAGAACUAGGCCGAUACAUGUGGACAAAUCAGGAAUUGAAGCAGAGACUUAAUAACUUGAAUUCCACAGGACAGAGCAAAGGUGGGGAGAAGCGGACUAUGUGCAUUGAGAACAGACCGUCCUUUGCAGCUGGAAUGGAAGAGGAGACUGGUGCAGCCUCUGAGCAGCUCUGGCAGGCAUCACUUGGUGAGGCAAAUCCUAAAGCCAGGGAAGAGAUUCGAGACUUAGUGCGUGCACCAUUACCAUUGACAUGGAAGCGCUCAUCCCUGUCUGGUGACGAGCAGGGCUGCUUAGAGGAGCUCAGGCAGCGAGAAGUAUCUGAACCUCUUCUUGGAAGGAUGUUGCCUAUGAGUGAACCACUUCUGCCACGGAGCCUGGGUCCCUUGCCCAAAUCAAGACGAGAGUUACGAAGAGCCAGUCAAGGGAUGAUUGAUGUUAGGAAAAACCCAAUAUAGACAGAAAUCCCAAGGCCUGCCUCAAAGGUUGGGAUCUGGACGUGAAUGGUGUUGCUCCAGUGGACAGAACUAUGAUAUUCAAAGAUCAGUAAAUUUGUGGUCUAUUGAAGGAUGCUAAUGCUCAAAAGUACACAUCUACUGGAAGCUGAUACCACCAGCCUGUGUGUUUUCAGUGAUCUACAACAUAUACAGCUGGGAUUGAGGACCUUGUAAAUGUAUUUUAAAAGUAUGUUUAUUAUCAUUUUGUAAUAAAUAAGCUUUAAGGUGAGUUUUAAGAACCAAGAAAUGA